AUAUACAGAUAUAUGUCAUUUUUUGUGUUGUGUCGUUUACGUUUUUUUUUUAAAGAAAUAUAUAUUUAUAUCUACAUAUAAAACAAGUUUUAUAAAAUUAAAAAAUAGAGUGCCUGGAUUGAGCGAAUAGGGCAAAAAUAUAAGCAUUCUCUCACAGGGACAAACUGAAGAAGUACUCAAUUUUCAACUGCAGAAAGUUGAAAUUAUUUCCUUUGAAGAGAAUUUUUCUCAUCUGGCAACACUGGCGUUACAUACAAGUGGACAUUUAGUUUCCACAUUUUUAAUUUGUGCUACACGCGUCCAUUGUUACUUUUACAAGACCAUGAUGGCUUCCUUGCUGGUUCCACCAGCUUCUGUUCGUGGAAUGACAUUGUUGGAUCGCCAUGCGUUCACCAAAACGCAAAACCGAGCAAAUAAUGGAGAAAAACGCAGCAGCUUUGAUUGUGGUGGGAGAUGAAAUCUUACGAGGCCAAACUGUGGAUUUAAAUUCGUCCUAUUUGGCUUCAAAAUUAUAUGGUGCAGGAUUUCUACUUCGUAAAAUUGUCACCAUUCCCGAUUCUGUCUUCGAAAUAGCUAAAGAAAUAUCUGACGUUUCGAAAAAUUAUCCCAUAGUCUUUACAUGUGGUGGAGUGGGACCGACUCACGACGAUUUAACAUACGAAGGCGUAGUUAAAUGUUUUAAAUUGAAAUUGGAAGAAAACCAAGUACUCCUCGAUCUUUAUACAAAGUUAAUACCAAAACAACCGGAAGUUCGGCGGCUUUGUUUGGUACCAACUCCUUGUGAAGUUAUCCACAUCAAAUCAACAGAGGAAUUUGCAGUAAUCAAGGUGCAAAAUGUUUAUAUCCUACCUGGUUCUCCAAAGUAUUUCAAACCCGCAGUCGACAAAAUAAUUUCUGACCUCGAAGGUGGAGUUCCACUCUACAUGGAUCACCUUGAUACAUCACUGAGCGAAUUGAAAAUAGUUAAGGCGUUGGAUUCAUUUGCUGAACAUUGGAAAGGACGUGUCAAUAUCGGGAGUUAUCCACAACAGAUCGGUGCAAAAUCUUCAACGAGAAUCACUUUCGAAGGAUGCAAAGAAGAUGUUUUGAAGCUGAAGGAGGAGUUCCGAAAAUCCUUUCCAGAGAAUCGCUUUCACGAUAGUAAAUUUGAUCUCUGGUCCGCGAAACGAGUGUUAUCAAAAGGUCAGGAGCAACCUCAUGUGAAACGUGCUUUGGAUAUUUUAGAAGAAUGUUACGACAGGUUCAAUCCUGUUGAAGUAUUCCUCUCCUUUAAUGGCGGAAAAGACUGCACUGCAGUUUUGCAUUUAGCAGCAGCUUUCAGAGUCAUUAAAGGGACGGCGGAGCCUUUGCUGAGUUUAUACAUAACGGGGGAUGGUUUCCCAGAGGUCGAAGACUUCGUAAAAAAAGCAUCCGCCUAUUAUGGAUUGCGAGUAGUUCGCAAGAAGCCGCCGCUAAGAGAAUCCCUGGCCGAAUUCGUGCAGGAAAACCCUAAAUUGCGAGCAUGUCUGAUGGGGACUCGAAAAGCUGAUCCACACGGAGACGGACUCGAACCAUUUUGUAAAACAGAUUCCGGAUGGCCUCAGCUGAUAAGAGUCAAUCCCAUUUUCGACUGGACUUACAAUCAAGUCUGGAAGUUUCUGCUCGACUUUGAAGUUCCUUACUGCUCGCUUUACGAUGAAGGUUACAGCAGCAUCGGCGCUGCAACUUCGACUUUCAAGAAUCCUCUUUUAAAGGAUCCUAACAAUCCGUCCGUGUAUUUACCCGCCCAUACUCUGACAGACGCUUCGGCCGAGAGAAACGGUCGAGCAUAGUGCAAAUUUUACUUUAUUGUAAUUUAUAUUUUUAUACUAAAGACGUAGUUCAGUAGGAAUUCGAAAGACGGAAAGUAUUUAAAUAGAAUUAAUAGAGUUUAAAGAAAAUAAAGAAAAAAAAUGUCCUUGUAGUCGUUUCCUAAUAUAUUAAAAUAUAAACUAAAAAAAAGAAAAUGUUGAAAUUCAAUUUUCGCGCCAAAAUAAUGCAGGGUGGCUCUUUUAAUCGAGGAAAAAAAUUAUCUGUUUUUUUCUGGUUCUCGAGAAUAGUUCACGGUCAUUGAAAUUAAGAAAUUCGAAGUCUUAAAACUGACAAUUUUAUUAUUUAAAAGUAAUAAACAAUGAAAUGCACAUU